AUGGAAUGGCUAUUCGGAAAAAAACUAACUCCGGAAGAGUUGCUGAGGAAAAACCAAAGGGCCCUCAAUAAAGCAAUGAGAGAUUUGGACAGGGAAAAGCAAAAAAUGGAACAGCAAGAAAAGAAAAUCAUCAACGACAUCAAAAAACUAGCUAAAGAAGGUCAAAUGGAUGCCGUCAAAAUAAUGGCCAGAGAUUUAGUAAGAACGAGACGGUACGUCAAAAAAUUCAUGCUGAUGAAAGCCAACAUUCAAGCAGUCUCUCUGAAAAUUCAAACAUUGAGAUCUCAAAAUGCUAUGGCUCAAGCCAUGAAAGGUGUCACUAAGGCAAUGGCCAGCAUGAACAGACAACUCAACCUUCCUCAAAUCCAAAGGAUAUUGCAGGAAUUUGAAAAACAAAGCGAAAUAAUGGACAUGAAAGAGGAAAUUAUGAAUGAUGCUAUUGAUGAUGCCAUGGAAGGGGACGAUGAUGAAGAGGAAAGUGAUGCUAUUGUCAAUCAAGUCUUGGACGAAUUAGGCUUACAACUUGGAGAUACUUUGUCUGGAUUACCUCAGACUGCUGGUACUUUGCCAGCUUCAGGCAGUAAACAACCAGCUGCAGCUACAGCAGUUGCAGGUGGUAUUAGUGGAGGAGGUGGUAACAAUGGAGGCAGUAAUGGAGGUUUAUCUGAUGCUGAUGCUGAUCUUCAAGCCAGAUUAGACAAUUUGAGGAGAGAGUGA